AUGGCUGUCAAAGGAAAGACUAGUGUGGUUUUUUUAUUGUUUGUUACUUUGGUUCUUGUUUCAGCUACGGUUAGUUUUGGUUUAAGCAAAAGGGACCCGGAAAUCGGUGUAUGUAAGCAAAAGUGUGAGCAGAUUAAGGGUUCAGACCAAGAUGUGCAAAUUGGAUGCAAGAAGAAAUGUGAAAAGUACUUUCAAGAGAAGCAACAAAGGGAGAAACAAAGAGAGCAAGGACAGGGUGGCCGUGAUGAUGAUUCGUACAACAUCAUUUUGGCACAAGAAGAGGUAGAUGUUAGCAAGAUGGUACAAGAUUGCCACCAAAGUUGCCAGGGAAGUCAAGGUGAACAACAACAUCCUUAUUGCUUCAAGCAAUGCAUGGAGGAACGUUUCCAAAAGCAAGAAAGGCGUGAAAGUGGAUCAUCGAGAGGAAAGAGCGGUGGACAACGACAACAUCAACAACAAUCAAACAAUCCAUAUGUUUUCCAAGAACAACAUUUCACAGCAAAGCUAGAAACCGAACUUGGAAACGUGAGAGUCCUACAAAAGUUCACGGAUCGAUCAGAACUUUUCAACGGCAUCGAGAAAUACCGUGUGGCAUUUCUCGAAGCCGAGCCUCAAACUUUUAUUAUACCCAACCAUUGGGAUGCUGAUUGUCUUGUCUAUGUCGCAAAUGGAGAGGGAACUAUUAGUAUGAUCAACCAAGAUUCUCGGCAAAGCAAUAGCAUAAAACGCGGAGAUAUUUUCCGUGUUCCCGCGGGAGUCAGUGUUUAUUUGAUUAAUAAACACGAUACCGAGAGACUUGUUUUGGCUAAGAUUAUACGUUCUGUUUCCGUCCCUGGCGAACUUCAGGCAUUUUUCAGCGUGGGAGGAGACCAGCCAGAAUCAUCGUUCUUCAAUGCAUUCAGUACCGAAGUUCUUGAAGCUGCGUUCAAUGUUGACCGAGGUUCUAUCGAGAAACUGUUUGGGCAACAACGACAACAACAACAACGAGGACAACCACGACAACAAGAACAACAACAAGGGAUAUUCAAAAGAGCUACUAAAGAGCAAAUCAGAUCAUUAAGCGACACCGAUGAAAGUCGAUUAUGGCCGUUUGGACAACGAAAACAAGGCGGUCCGUACAAUAUUUAUAAGGAGAGACCAUCCGUUACUAACGAAAACGGAAAUCUACACGAGGUUGAUGUCAAUGAUUUGUCCGAACUUCGUGAUAUGAAUGUGGCCUUUUCGCUCUUCAACAUAUCCCAGGGAUCGAUGGUUGGGCCGAUAUAUAACGCAAAGGCAACCGUAGCGUUAGUUAUCACAAACGGUCAAGGCCAGUUUGAAAUGGCAUGUCCUCACUUAACGGAGCAAACCAGCACUAGUGGCGAGUUUAAUCCAACUUAUCAGAAAGUGAAUUCCGAACUUCGAAAAGGAACCGUGGUUGUGAUACCGGCAGGUCAUCCAUUUGUUAUUGAAGCCAAUAACCAGGAUUUAGAGGUGGUGAGUUUCGGGAUGAAUUCGGAUGUGAACGAGUGGUUCCCGUUGGUUGGUAGGAAUAAUGUGAUGACUCAGUGGGAGGAUGAGGCGAUAGAUCUAACUUUUGGCGUGCCGGCUAAAGAGGUUCGGCAAGUGAUACAGAAGCAGAACCAGAGGUUCUUUUUUAAGGGUCCAGUGAGACGUGGUCGUGCUUUUGCUUAACUGAUCCGCGGCGGUUUGUGACGGUUGUUUAAGAGUCUUUUGACGUUUGUAAACUGUGUUAAUCGUUAUGCUGACAUAUAUAUGUUUAUAUAAAUAAAACGCUGUUUUGUUUAUCGCA